AUGAAGGCCAGUCUAUUAAUCGUCUGCGUUGCAUUUGGGUAUGCUGUUGCUACUCAUGGACAUGAUAACGCGCAUUACAAAUUUGAGUACGGAGUUCAUGAUCCUCACACCCAUGACCACAAAUCCCAGCACGAACACAGACACGGCCAUCACGUCACUGGUGGCUAUACACUCAAAGAAGCCGAUGGAACCCACAGAGUCGUCAAAUACAAAUCCGCACCACACACUGGGUUCGAAGCCGUUGUUGAGAGAGUAGGUCAUGCCCAACAUCCUGCUCACUAUGGUCAUGGUCAUGGUCAUGGAGGUCAUGGACACGGUGGACACGGUGGAGCUACCAGCUACGUCGGUGUCACCCACUGGGCCAACCAAGGAAGCGAGGGUGGACACGGACAUGGGCACUAA